AUGAUCCUCUACAAAGUAAGAACAAGUACAUACGACCAUAGGGUGUGGAGAACAGGGCUUCCCGUCCGCUCAGCCGUACUUAAGCCACACGCCGUUAGGUGGGUGACCACUAGCGAAUCCUUACUGUUGUAUGUUUUUUGCUUUUGUUUGCCUUUUACAUAUCUAUCGUACAAUCUACCGUAG